CUUUGUUGUUCGAGUCACGCCUCGAUUCUGAGAUGUCUGAUAGCAAAGCCACAAAGGACGAUAAUGAUUCAACAAGAUUGACACGGCUAUAAUUUGCUUCUAUGGAACACCGGUAGUUGCGAGUCACCAGAGCAUAGCCGCAGGCUUCCUUGAUGCCGCCAAGGUCGGAACGAAACUUCUUUCAAGAUGCUCCUCUGCAUGUGUUUUGUCCGACUGGCUUUACUGGUUGUCUUUACGCCCUACCACACUUUUAAUCAUGUUGCUGUUAUCCUUGAAUACAUCGAGCGCGUUACCUGGAUAAUGUGCGGUCCGAUCAAUCCCUCCGAACCCUCACCAAUGCUCCUCUCAAAUUUCGCAAACGGUUCUCUCGAACCUUGUUGCAUGUUCCUCCCGGGCCUCGUGGACUCGUGGGACAUACACUAGAGGCUACACAGGUGUUCUUCGGUCCACAGAAGAUAAGAGCCACAUGUCUCGAGAGGAAUUUGAGAAAUGGGUGGGAGGUUCUUGCAGGAGGGACGUCUCAAAGAUAGGUUAUUGCAUACUACCCGGACCAGGAAACCCCACUGAAAGACCGUGGGAAGCUCUAGAAAGUGCCUGGCAAGG